CCAGGCAGCACCGCCGCUGACACUGAGCGAGGGACCCAGCGAACGAGGUGAUUUCGCCUCUCUUCUUAUUGCACGCAGCUUCAGCUCGCACGUUUUCAAACGGAUUAGACACCGGGGACCCAAAGCGUAUCAACCCAAUCUUUUGGACUUUUCUUUUUCGCCCGAGCAGACAAUAAACACUUAUUGGGGGUUCUGGUCCCGUCCCCCCCACAGACACACACCCCUCCCUAGUCCCCCGUAACCACAAGCAGCGGACGAGCAGAGGAGUUUCUCACACGGCUUGUAUGUGGAAAAGUGGACGGAGCGCUGGGCCGAGCACUGGAAUAGGACACCUGGGUUGCCGCCGAUUGAUGAGAAUGUGUGCCACACCGGGAAUCAUGGUGCUCCUGGUGGUCGUACACCUAGGACUUGCCCAAGUCGACGACGACGACUUCCUGGGCCUGAGGGAGCUCCCCGAGACCUUCCCCUCGGACCCCCCAGAGCCCCUGCCCCACUUCCUGUUCGAGCCCGAGGAGGGCUACAUCGUGAAGAACAAGCCGGUGAACCUGUACUGCAAGGCCACGCCCGCCACACAGAUCUACUUCAAGUGCAACAGCGAGUGGGUGCACCAGAAGGACCACACCGUGGAGGAGCGGGUGGACGAGAACUCAGGGCUGGUGGUGCGGGAGGCCAGCAUCGAGAUCACCAGGACGCAGGUGGAGGAGCUGUUCGGGCCGGAGGACUACUGGUGCCAGUGUGUGGCCUGGAGCUCGGCGGGGACCACCAAGAGCCGCAAGUCCCACGUCCGCAUCGCCUACCUGAAGAAGUCCUUUGAGCAGGAGCCGCUGGGGAAGGAGGUGUCUCUGGACCAGGAGGUGCUGUUACAGUGUCGGCCCCCAGAGGGCAUCCCCGCCGCCGAGGUGGAGUGGCUGAAGAACGAGGAGAUCAUCGACCCUGCGGAGGACCGGAACUUCUACAUCACCAUCGACCACAACCUGAUCAUCAAGCAGGCGCGCCUCUCCGACACGGCCAACUACACGUGCGUGGCCAAGAACAUCGUGGCCAAGCGGAGGAGCACCACGGCCACCGUCAUCGUUUACGUGAAUGGGGGCUGGUCCACGUGGACAGAGUGGUCGGCGUGCAACAGCCGCUGUGGGCGGGGCUUCCAGAAGCGCACCCGGAGCUGCACUAACCCCGCCCCUCUGAAUGGAGGGUCGCCCUGCGAUGGACAGGCCAUCCAGAAACUGGCCUGCACCACACUGUGCACAGUGGACGGUGUGUGGACUGACUGGAGUAAGUGGUCGGCCUGUGGGACAGAGUGCACCCAGUGGAGGAGGAGGGAGUGCAACAACCCAGCCCCCAAGAACGGAGGGAGGGACUGUGACGGCCUGGUGCUCCAGUCACAGAACUGCACCGACGGACUCUGCAUGCAAAGUGAGCUCAGUGUGUGUGUGUGUGUGUGUCUGUGUGUGUCUUUCAUCAACAACAGGGACAGACCCACUUCUCUACGGAAGUGGGUCUAACCAUCGGGGGUCCCGCUCAGAAUUACAUUGG